CUAUUGGUAUCUAGUACACCUCACAGUCUCAAUAGAGUCAAUACCAAAAGUAUUUAUACAUGCGUCAACUUACGUUGACGAAAUUCCACAACACACACACACACCUGCAAUGGUAGCAGCAUCGUGUCUCACACCUUUGGUUUAAAGAAUGAACGAAUGGACGAAUGGACGAAUGGACGAAUGGACGAAUGGACGAAUGGACGAAUGGACGAAUGGACGAAUGGACGAAUGGACGAAUGGACGAAUGGACGAAUGGACGAAUGGACGAAUGGACGAAUGGACGAAUGGACGAAUGGACGAAUGGACGAAUGGACGAAUGGACGAAUGGACGAAUGGACGAAUGGACGAAUGGACGAAUGGAAUAAAAAUAAGGAGCAUCUUACCCCAACCUUAUGCCACAAAAAUGGAGACGAGCGAAUACAAUAGGUUGCUUGCAUGUGAAUGUAAUACAGUAGUCGACCUUGUCGAAGCUGGAAAACGAUGAGGUGCCGGUGAUUCAACCUUGAUGAAGUAUUUCUAGAUGACUGGCAAAUCAAAGCUUACAUGCAGUACUUUAUGUAAAAUUGGUGAACUAUCGCGACCCCUGAAGUUUGUCACGCAACCCCAGAUUUGGGAGUCCUGCUGCAUUAAACGACAUGUCCCUGGUCAAAAA